AUGAAGUGCAUCUUCCUCCUCGUCUGCUUAACCGUUCUCGUCAGUCAAACACAAGGCCUGAUUCUGGAUAAGAUGUUCAACAUUUUGCCGCCAACAUUGAAGAAACUGGUGAAGAAGGUGGUUCAUUGGGCGUGUCCGAAUGAGAGAGCACCGAGCGUAGGAGGUGGUUCAUCAGAUGUGACAACUACGAAGAAGGUGACGAAGACGGUGAAGGAAUCUCGCUGACAGUCUUCCGUCGGUGAAUUUCUCCUCAACCGUCAGUCUUUAUUUUAUCUCACCAUAUAAUUUUAUUGGCGUUUAUGAGCUAUGCAUACUUUAGACCAAUGGUCAAUAAAAACGAUGAUGUGUAAACAGU